GAUUCACAUGUCGCCGGAUACCCUUUUUUCGCGAGAUGGAGGGAAGUGACGGUGUGUGUGUGUGUGUGUCUUUCCGGCGAUGGAUGAGGCGGCAGCUCUCGAAUGUCAGUGAGCGAUUUUGAGUGAUGCGCAGGAUAGAUGACGGAUGAUUGAUUGAUGGAUGGAUGGAGAUGCUGUCCACUCUGCGCAAGAACCCAUACACACGACGCGACACGAUGUUCUGCACGGAUGAGUCAUGGCAGAGACACCAAGGCAUCCAGGCCUGGCCGUCAUCGCACGUACGUACACACACACACGCACGCACACACCGGAGUGCAUCUCUCCCAUCGCGUUCGUCGCAAGAGCAAAGUUUUCCGCCGGGUCCGCUGGAUUGGAGAGAGAGAGAGGGAGAGCCGAAGAAAGUUUAGCCCCGCAAAUUCAUGUCUCACACCCCUUUUUCUCUCUCUCUCUCUCCCUCUCUCUAUCUAUCUCUCGGCCCUUUCUAAGGUUUCGGGAGACCUCGUGUUCUGCUGUAUCGUGCGUGUGUCGGAGAAAUGUGUGUGUGGGUGGGUGGGUGUCUCUAAGUAUGGACACACUAUCGACGGCAUCUUUCUCUCCAUCAUGCCCUAUACCGGACAGCGUGCACGCAUGCAUGCACGUAUGUAUUCCUGCUGCGUUGUUACAUGCAAAUGGAUGUACGUACAGUGGGCAGAGCAGAGCAGAGCAGAGCAGAGCAGAGCAGGGGGGAGAGAUAGGUCUGAGUCUGACAAAGCAGGCAAGCCGCGAAAAUCUACUACCCAUCCUUCCCAUCCAGACACGGUCUGCGCACGUACACACCCCGGCUGUAAUUCGAAUCGCAUCGCAUCGCGUCACAUCAGCAUCGCCGCCGCCUCGUCGAAGAGUCCGAGCUCGCGCGCGCGCAUUCUGGCCCACUCCCACCACCGCCGCCGCCGCCGCUCGCGACUUUUCCCACUGCCGGACGUCUCGCGCUACUACUGGGGACUAGCAGCGAUCGUGUUGUCUCUUCCUCACCUCGUUGCCGCUUUGGGAUGGUGGUCAAUGGCUUGUUCGGCCGGCCGCCUUCUCCCCGGGCAGACACACACACACUCACACCACCCACCCAUCCUCUCCCUCCCGUGAACUCUUUUGCAUGUGUGGCUUUGGAACGGUGUGAUCAACCUCGCGUCUCGGGCGGCGGCGGUGGUGGUGGUGGGAAAACCGCCGUGAUGUUGGAGAUGGUGGGAUCAUGUUUUGAUGCUGACGGGUGGUAGCGAUGGCGUUGGUGGUGGUGGUGGCAUGAGGUGAAGUGGACCGAGUAUCACCAAGAGAAAAACAUAGCCAAGCCGAAGGGUGAGUGUGAGUGACUCUCCCUCACUCUCUCUCUCUCUCUCUAUCGGCUGAUGGUGGAUGGUGGAUGGACCGCGCUACUGCUGUCCUCGACACGCACCGCACACCCUAGCUCGCCUGCAAGGCUUGAUGAUGCCAGUCUCAAUCCAUCCGAAGCUUCAUGCUUGUGAGAAAGCAAAGAUAAAUAUCAUGAGAUGACCCCGGCCCUUGUCGACAUCAUCCCUCUAUCACCCUCAUCCACCAUCCUCCUCCUCCUCCUCCUCAACAUCACCGCCGUUGAUCGACUUC